CGCGGGCGAGGAUGGCGGCGGAGAACGAGGCCAGCCAGGAGAGCGCCCUGGGCGCCUACUCGCCCGUGGACUACAUGAGCAUCACCAGCUUCCCGCGGCUGCCCGAGGAUGAGCCAGCGCCCGCGGCCCCGCUGAGGGGCCGUAAGGACGAGGACGCCUUCCUGGGAGACCCCGAUACUGACCCAGACUCCUUCCUGAAGUCGGCGCGGCUGCAGCGGCUGCCGUCGUCGUCGUCGGAGAUGGGCAGCCAGGACGGGUCGCCGCUGCGGGAGACGCGCAAGGACCCGUUCUCCGCAGCCGCGGCCGAGUGCUCCUGCCGCCAGGACGGGCUCACGGUCAUCGUCACGGCCUGCCUCACCUUCGCCACGGGUGUCACUGUGGCGCUCGUCAUGCAGAUCUACUUCGGGGACCCCCAGAUCUUCCAGCAGGGCGCCGUGGUGACUGAUGCUGCGCGGUGCACAUCGUUAGGCAUCGAGGUGCUCAGUAAACAGGGAUCUUCCGUGGACGCAGCUGUGGCGGCCGCCUUGUGUCUAGGGAUUGUGGCUCCACACAGUUCUGGCCUGGGCGGCGGGGGUGUGAUGCUGGUUCAUGAUAUCCGUCGAAAUGAGAGCCACCUAAUUGAUUUCCGGGAGUCAGCACCAGGGGCCCUCAGAGAAGAGGCCCUGCAGCGAUCCUGGGAGACCAAGGUGGGGACCCUGCCUGGGCUCUUGGUGGGGGUCCCCGGAAUGGUGAAGGGGCUACAUGAAGCUCACCAACUCUAUGGCAGGCUGCCAUGGUCCCAAGUCCUGGCCUUCGCAGCAGCUGUGGCCCAAGAUGGCUUCAAUGUGACCCAUGAUCUAGCCCGUGCCCUGGCUGAGCAGGUGCCUCCCAACGCAUCUGAGCGCUUCCUCGAGAUGUUCCUGCCAUCAGGCCACCCACCACUACCUGGUUCACUGCUGCGCCGGCCAGACCUGGCCGAGGUACUGGAUGCACUCGGUGCCUCCGGUCCUGCUGCCUUCUAUGCCGGUGGUAACCUCACUCUGGAGAUGGUGGCUGAGGCUCAGCACGCAGGGGGUGUCAUCAUGGAAGAGGACUUCAGCAACUACAGUGCCCUCGUGGAGAAGCCUGUGUGUGGCGUGUACAGAGGCCACCUGGUUCUCAGCCCCCCACCCCCACACACGGGCCCUGCCCUCAUCAGUGCACUCAACAUCCUGGAGGGCUUCAAUCUCACCAGCCUGGUACCCCGCGAGCAGGCUCUUCACUGGGUGGCAGAGACCUUGAAGAUCGCACUGGCGCUGGCCAGCAGAUUGGGAGAUCCCGUCUACGAUUCUACCAUCACUGAAAGCAUGGAUGACAUGCUCAGCAAGCUGGAAGCCACCUACCUCCGGGGCCACAUCAAUGACUCUCAAGCAGCCCCUGCCCCGCUCCUGCCCGUCUACGAGCUGGAUGGGGCGCCCACUGCUGCCCAGGUGCUGGUCAUGGGCCCUGAUGACUUCAUUGUGGCUAUGGUCAGCUCUCUGAACCGGCCCUUUGGCAGCGGCCUCAUCACCCCUUCCGGGAUCCUGCUCAACAGCCAGAUGCUGGACUUCUCCUGGCCUAACAGGACUGCUAACCACUCUGCACCCAGCCUGGAGAAUUCAGUGCAGCCAGGGAAGCGCCCGCUCUCUUUCCUGCUGCCCACUGUGGUCCGACCAGCCGAGGGGCUCUGCGGGACCUACCUCGCCUUAGGGGCCAACGGAGCUGCCCGGGGCCUUAGUGGCCUGACCCAGGUUCUGCUGAACGUCCUGACCUUGAACCGGAAUCUGAGUGACAGCCUGGCCCGAGGCCGCCUGCACCCGGACCUGCAAUCCAACCUCCUGCAGGUGGACAGUGAGUUCACGGAGGAAGAGAUUGAAUUCCUGGAAGCCAGGGGGCACCACGUGGAGAAGGUAGAUGUCUUAUCCUGGGUCCACGGCAGCCGGAGAACCAACAACUUCCUCAUCGGUGUGAAGGACCCGCGGAGCCCGGAUGCAGCUGGAGCCACCCUCCUGUAGAGAAGCAGGAUGGGCGGGACCUCUGCUCCCCCGCCUGUGCAUGUUCCCAGAGUCCCUCCUCCUCCCACGUUUGGUCUCGGGGGACCCCAGGGAUGCCCAAGAUCAGGGGCCAGAGGGGACGCUUAGCAAACCCUAUCCCAGAGAAACGGGAAAAUUCUCCACUAGGAGGCCUGCGUUGGCGGUGGUGUCAGUGUCCACGAGCCAGCAGGCGGGACCUGGAGGAGUCGGACUGUCCGUCCUUCUGUCUGUCUCCUCUCUUCCCUUGGCCAUGCUGGCACUGAGCUUAGGGAUGCGCUUGCAAACCCUUCUUGAGGGUCUCACAACCCCAGCAUCUCCAGACUGGCCUGACCUGGGCCUUGUCUUCCAGCUCCCUUCUUCUGUCCGCAGCCUCAUUUCUUAAAUGACUAGGAUUUUGUAAUGGGCCAUCGUGGGGAGAGGGUGCUUCUCUCUUCCUCCCAUCAGGUUGAGGCAUGGGCCUUGCAUCUGGGGGUCCCCAGGGUGUGGG